CUGUCUCUCUCUUGGACUCCUCCACACACCUGAGUUUGAUUUUGACUUUAACAUCCUCUGUCAACUUUCUCUCACUAGAAUCAAACCAUGGCCCUGCAUAUUGGUUCAGCCCUUCCGACCCAUGUUAACUUCCAGCGCCGACGAGCCACCGUGAACUGCAACUCCUCGCCGCCGUUGAAGACUCCGGGCAAGGAUAGCUCUGAGAUGACGAGGACCCAUCUUUCGAACCUUGAGAAGGUUCUUCAGGGGCAACUUGAUGAAACCCCGGCAGGCCCGCAGCCGGGUUUCCCGGAGAAGGAGAAACAGAGCAGGAGCCGAUUUCAAGGGCUGCGGUUGAACAGGCUUUGGCCGGAGGCGAAGGCGUCAGAGGAAAUCUCUCCCCGGAAUUCGAAAAUGCUGCAAAGGCUUUUGUCCAUGUCGAAUCAACAAUAUUCCCCGAGAAACAACAUACGCAGCCGGUGGAGGGAGUACCACGGCGGAAAUGACUGGUCGGGGAUGCUUGACCCCCUCGAUGAGAAUCUCCGGCGAGAGCUUAUCCGGUACGGGGAGUUUGUUCAAGCGGCCUAUAAUUGCUUCCACUCGAGUCCCGCCACGUCAGCGGAUGAGUGCCCGUCCCGCUCGAGGAGAGUAGCAUUGCCCGACACUUCAUAUAAAGUGACGAAGGGCCUUUAUGCCACGUCGUCCGUCGGAUUGCCCGAUUGGGUAGAUGACAUGGCACCCCAUCUCGGGUGGAUGACCCAGAGGUCGAGUUGGGUCGGAUACGUGGCCGUGUGCAAUGACAAGAAGGAGAUCGAACGGAUGGGAAGGAGGGACAUAGUGAUCGCCUUACGCGGGACUGCCACGUGCCUUGAAUGGGUAGAGAAUGUUCGAGAUGUACUCGUUCCAAUUUCAGGCCAAGAUGCUCUAGAUGAGAUGCAAUCCAAAGUACAAUGUGGGUUUUUAAACUUGUACCAAACCAGUGGAGGGAAAAACAUCCCAAGUUUAGCACAAUCAGUUGUGGAUGAGAUUCAAAGAUUGAUAGAGCAGUACAAAGGGGAACCGUUGAGCAUCACGGUGACCGGACAUAGUCUGGGAGCGGCAUUGGCUCUAUUAGUAGCCGAUGAGCUAAGUACUUGCGCGCCAUAUAUGCCCCCGAUCGCAGUUUUUAGCUUUGGAGGCCCGAGAGUGGGUAACCGAGGCUUUGCCAACCGCCUCAACGCAAAAAAUGUCAAAGUAUUACGAAUAGUCAACAACCAGGACGUAAUUACAAAAGUUCCAGGCAUGUUCGUGAACGAGUCUCUAGAUAAGAAGUUACGAGAGUCGGAGGCCACAAGCGAGCUCCUAAGCAUGCUCGAUGAGAGCAUGCCGUGGGCGUACUCUCAUGUUGGUAGUGAACUUAGAGUUGACACUACAAUGUCACCAUUCUUGAAACCAAAUGCAGAUGUCGCUUGUUGUCAUGACUUGGAGGCGUAUUUGCACUUGGUGGAUGGAUUUUGGGCUUCUGAUCGUCCUUUUAGAUCGAAUGCCAAAAGGAGUCUUGUGAGGCUUGUAAAUGAACAAAGAUCUAAUAUCAAGAAAUUGUAUACAAGCAAGGCAAAGGGUUCAAGUAGCCUAAGCCUUGAUAUAGAUGAUACACAUUUUACUGCUCCUACUUAGUUUACCUAGUCCAUCUUGAGACACUAGGAAAUGUAUAUAUUCCGUUCUGUGCAAAUAGUUCUAAAGUUGACUUGAUCACCAAA